CAGGCUUAGCGGGGCAGUCCCACAAGUGGCCACCUGGCUCCGAAAUCCAGGACCAGGUGCAUCUUCCUGACAUGGCCACCACUGCCUCCUCUUGGCCACUUACCACGGAGGGUGACGGUGCUGAGAACAGCAGCAGCUUCUACGACUAUGACUACCUGGAUGAGGUGACCUUCAUGCUGUGCAGGAAAGACGCCGUGCUGUCCUUCAGCAAGGUCUUCCUGCCGACCUUCUACAGCCUGCUCUUUGUGUUGGGGCUGGGCGGGAACCUCCUCCUUCUGGUGGUCCUGCUGCGUUAUGUGCCUCCCAGGCGGAUGGCUGAGGUCUAUUUGCUGAACCUGGCCAUCUCCAACCUCCUGUUUGUGGUGACACUGCCCUUCUGGGCCAUCUCUGUGGCCUGGCAUUGGGUCUUUGGGAAUUUCUUGUGCAAAAUGAUGAGCACUCUCUAUACCACUAGCUUUUACAGUGGCAUCUUUUUCAUCAGUUGCAUGAGCCUGGACAAGUACCUGGAGAUCGUCCAUGCUCAGCUCCAUCACAGGCUAAGGACCCGGACCAAGAGCCUGCUCCUUGCUGCCCUCGUGUGGACUGUGUCCCUUGCAAUCUCGGUCCCUGACAUAGUCUUUGUACAGAUCCAUGAGAAUCCCAAGGGUGUGUGGAGCUGCUACGCAGACUUCGGCGGCCACGCGACCACUUGGAAGCUCUUCCUCCGCUUCCAGCAGAACCUCCUGGGGUUCCUCCUCCCGUUUCUUACCAUGAUCUUCUUCUAUUCCCGCAUUGGCUGUGUCCUGGUCCGGCUGAGGCCCCCAGGCCAGGGCAGAGCACUACGGAUGGCUGCAGCCCUGGUAGUAGCCUUCUUUCUGUUCUGGUUCCCGUACAGCCUCACCUUGUUUUUGCACUCAUUGCUGGACCUGCAAGUCUUUGGGAACUGCCAGAUCAGCCAGCACCUGGACUAUGCACUGCAGGUGACAGAGACGUUUGCCUUCCUUCACUGCUGCUUUACCCCGGUCCUUUAUGCCUUCUCCAGUAACCGCUUCCGCCAGUACCUGAAGACCUUCCUGGCUACUGUGCUGAGACGGCAUCUGGCACCUGGCGCUGCCCAGGCCUCACUGUCCAACUGUUCUGAAAGCAGCAGCAUCACUGUCCAUGAAGAAAUUACUGGCAUGAACGACCUUGGGAAGCGGCAGGCCGAGGGCUUUCCUAACAAGGAAGGCGUGAGGAAUAAUUAAUUCCGAGUGGCUAUGAAACAGUCUGGUGAGAGCAGGUAGAACCUGGCUCUGUUGGGCUCCCCACGAGGGCCUCAAUGU